AUGGCUUCCAUCAUCAAUGGCUUACUUCGGUCGACUAACUUCCGUAAUGCCUUCUUGCGCACACUGGUCCCGUCAAUUGGACUAGCCUUCGGUCUCCAAGUUGCAACCGCCAUUCCUUCUAUUGCGUUUCAAACAGAGCGCUUCUUUGAUCUGUCGGGUUCAAUUACAUACAUCUCAUGCGCGGCACUGUCGCUCUAUCUGCCUACAUUACGGGCCCGCUUCGCUGCAGCUCCCGGCUCUGUUCUACCACCAUACCCCAGUCUCCUUCAGAGUCUCACCAGCAAAGGCGGCGUGAGCGCAUGGAACUGGCGACAGGUCGUGCUCAGCGCCGCUGUGACUUUCUGGGCCGGGCGUCUCGGCACUUUCUUGUUCAAGCGUAUCUCGGGCGACGAGGGCAAGGACAGCCGAUUCGAUGAGAUCCGUGGCUCGCCAGCCAAAUUCCUCGGUGCAUUCCUUGCACAGGCUACAUGGGUUUCCCUGUGCCUGAUGCCCGUCCUUGCGAUCAACAGUAUCCCUGCCACUACGCUCGCCGCCUUGCCCUUGGUGACUGUCACCGAUGUGAUUGGUGUCCUCCUCUACGUCGGUGGAAUUUCUUUUGAAAUGACUGCCGAUGCGCAGAAAACUCAAUGGUUGAAGGAGAAGAAAGAGAAGAAGCACAGCGAGGAGUUUUUGACCCGUGGUCUUUGGAGCAAGAGCCGACACCCCAACUACUUCGGUGAGAGCACACUCUGGACCGGCAUUGCUACAACCGCAGCUGGAGUCCUAGUGAGCAAUGUUGGUCAAGCGGGCGUCGGUCUUAGCGGCAGUGCCAUUGCGCGAGCCGGUGCCAUCAGCAUGGCUGCCGUCAGCCCUCUAUUUGUGACCUUCCUAUUACUCAAGGUGAGCGGCGUUCCUCUUUCGGAAGACAAAUACGACAAGCGUUACGGAGACCGCAAGGACUAUCAGGAGUGGAAGAAGAACACGCCGAUGUUCAUCCCCAAAUUCUGA